GUUGAUGAAAAUAUUGUUGGUGAUUUAAAGGUAACCCCUGUACUUCCAUAUCAAGGUCGAAUGACUACGCGUCCGUUGUUCACGGACGAACGUUUGAGUUGAAAAGCUUGCAAUUAGUACGAUCGAGGCGCUCGGUUAGUCGUGUAUGUAUGUAUAUACGUUAGAGUAGAGCGGCAGAUACGUGUGCGAUUUUCGGUUCGUAUUCGAUAGCAAUCAAGAUGGCAUCUUACUCGGAGGAUCAGCUGGCAGAAUUCCAAGAGGCAUUCCAGCUUUUUGACAGCCGAGGGGAUGGAAAAAUUCAUGUAUCACAAAUUGGAGACGCGUUACGAGCACUUGGGCAAAAUCCAACCGAAUCGGAUGUAAAGAAAUUCACUCAUCAACACAAACCCGACGAACGUAUUAGUUUUGAAGUGUUUCUACCUAUUUAUCAAGCUAUAAGUAAAUCUAGAACAUCCGAUACUGCGGAUGACUUUAUAGAAGGUUUACGUCAUUUUGACAAGGAUGGAAAUGGAUUCAUCUCUUCUGCUGAACUAAGACAUCUUCUAACAACAUUGGGUGAGAAACUCAGUGACGAAGAAGUUGAAACAUUAUUGGCUGGCCAUGAAGAUUCACAGGGUAAUAUUAAUUAUGAAGAUUUUGUUCGCCAAGUCAUGUAUGGAUGAACGUGUAUAUUGUGAGAAAUCAUAUUACAGAAAGAUUUCUGUUUGUUAAAAAAUUUCUUCCAAGGUUCAAUUUUUUCCAACGUUUUUACACAUUACAUUGUCAGUAUUUACCAUCUAAUGUGGAAAAAUUUAAUGGUUAAUAGUUUUAUUGGAAGCUGGGAAAUAUUGGUUUCUUAAAUUUAGUUUCUAUUCGAACGAUUGAAAAAUUUGUUAUGCAUCGAUCUAAAAGUUAUAUGAAAAUGGAAUGCAUAGAUUAAAAUUGAAGUGAAAUCUAAAGACAAAAUGUCGGCAAUACGACUUACACA